AUAAACUUUACUCUUUUAUUUAAAAACAAACAUUUUAAAUUCAAUAAAUUGAACAUUGAACAAUUGAAUUAUGAAUAGUUCAGUUCAGUUUAGUCCCGUUCAACAACAACAAAGAAGAAGAAGGAAAAGAAUAUAAAUACAACAUUGAAAUUGGAUUAUAUUUUAACCGAAAUAAACAAUAAUGAAAACUAUACUGAAACAAUUUUACAUUUUCAUUGUUUUAUUAAGUAUCAAUGAAGUAACCUUCGGAAAUGAAGAGGAUAUAUACGCUGAACAAUUGAAAAGACCACGAUGUCAUCUCUUAUGCGGAAUUUGUAGACGUAUAGGAAGAUUGAUAAAAACGUUCAUUGAACAUGAACCAUUCCUUCCAAUAACCUCAAGAAUAAUAUCUCUGAUAUGCAAAUUAAUUCCUGAAGAACAGUGGAGAAAUGAAUGUCUAGACAUUACACACUAUUUACCGAGGACAAUUCAUCAAUUGGCUCAUCAUAUAAAUGUUACCUUUGAAUGUUCUAAACUAGGUUUCUGUCGCCAUGAACACACAAUGUUAUCAGAUUCUGAAAUAUCAUCAUGCAUUAAUGAACAUAUAAACUAUGGCUUGUCUUUAGCCAACUCACCAGAAUAUGAAGAGAAAAUCAUAAAGAAUAUAUGUAAACAUCAUGCAGCUGAUAAACACAAAUAGCACAUAUCAUAAUAUCAUCUCAACUGAAUCCAUUUUUUGAUGCCAUUUCUUCUACCCUCCUACAAACAGACAUUUUCCAUAUAAUUAUAUAAAUAAAUCUAUAAUAUCAAAUAAUACAAACACUUGAUUGUUAAUAUUUUGAAUAUUUAUCAACUCUCUAAUAUAAGUUUUUUUCAUCGAGAUUAUGGACUGGUUGGUGUUCGACAACCGUGGAAAACCUGGAAGCACUGAACGGCCGUUUCGUCCUAUUAUUGAAAACUCUCUAAUAUAAACUAACUCUUCAUUAAUAUAUACUUGUUUUUCAGAUUCAAUAUUUCAAUUUCUACCUAACUAAAUAUCUCAUUUGAUUGUUCUUUUAGUGCUUAGAAACUAUAGAGACAAUAAUGACAUUUCUACUUGAAGUGACCGCUUAAAUUUACAUAUUGAAUUACGAAAUUAUAACCUCUUUAAUAAAUAAUAAUAAUAAUUGCAAGU